UAUUCAGAGAUGGCAGUGUUCCUGUCAAAGAGAACGCUCCCCGCGCGCGUGUUUUGACUUAUUUUCGUCAAAUGUACGCCAUAUUGUUUUAUUGUGUUCAAUAAUCAUUUCACUUCAGAAAUUUCACUUAUUCGAAAUCUUUCAAUAACACGGUAGAGUACGUCGACGGUUACGACACAGCGCUGUGGUUAAAAAAAAAAUUAUUCUCAAUUACAUUACGUCGUGUUUAUAUUCUGUGGUAAUUGUGCUAGUGGCCAGUGUUAUUUCGUUUAUAUAUAUCUGUGAAUUUAAAAAUAAUUUAUUGUUGUUGUUGUGAUCAGUUAUCGAUUUAGAAAUAAGCGGUUAAAUAUAAUUUCGUAAUUGAAAUUAAUAUAAGUGAUACGUGAAGUGUCUAAAAAUAAAACAUUGAAAAAAAUAACAGUUUCUGUACCGCGUUGGAAUAUAAUUAGUGCAAUGGCUUUGCUGAAACAUGAAAUAAGAAUGCGUUAAAAAAAAUUAACAAUUACAUCGUCGGAAAUGUGAGCGAUUAGUGGUUUUGUGAAGUGUAUACGUGGAUAUUUCUUUGUCUUUUGGAUCACAUUUUGAUAUGGAGAAGCCGUCUUAUAAGCUUGUGGGCGCACCGUGUGGACAACAUGGACAGUAUACGUUCUACAAGGCGCUACGAUUGUCAGGCAAGAGGGAGAGAAUAGUCGCUAUAGGAGACUUCUUCUUCGUCCGGAUAUGGCAGGAUUCAGAGCUCGUAUCUAUAGGUGAACUGCAACUGUUAUGGACGGAUCGUGUAUCAGAUCAGACUCUGGUCAGUUUGAGGCUAUACUUUCUGCCUGAGAAUACGCCAGAAGGGAGAUGUCAACAUGGAGAGGACGAAGUUCUAGCUAUUAAUGAUAAAGUGGUCGUGCGCGCUGAAGACCUGCUCAGCUGGGUGUCGGAAGGUUCCGGUUGGCGGUGGGGAUUGCGCGCGGUGUGGCGUGGAGCAUGCGCCCCACCAGCUGACCCUAGCGUCACCGCACCACUACAUCAUACCAAACUUGACUUCAGCGAUGUUGAGAGAGAAAAGAGUGCUAUAAGUAUAGAUGAAGAUAGUCCCGGAGUAAUGGUGUUCUCAUAUCCCCGGUACUGCCGUUACCGGGCAUUACUUGCCCGACUCGACGGUAUCCAGGCGGACUGGUUGCGUGACUCCCUGGUUGCUGCAUUAGGAGGUUACGCUGCACCUACUAGGAAUACUAGAAUAUUAUACUGCAAGGAAACAUUUGAGUAUCCGGAGUUAGAAGGGCAUGAAUUUGUUUGCAAUCAUCUCGCGCCCCGGCUAAAGGGUAGGCCGCGCGGUCGCCGGCGCAGAGCUCGCUCUCGCUCAGCCUCCCGCUCAGAUAGCGAUGAUCCGGAUGCUGUCAUGCCGAGAGAACAUCCGCCGACGCCACGUCGCCUAUCAUUACGUAAUGGUGGCCUUGAGCGGAGGAGUGACGAGGAGAGUGAGGGCCAGGGAGAGGGACAGAGUCAGGAAGACAAAGAAUUCCUUCAAGAGCUAAGCAAGUUCCACAAAGAAAGGAAUGAAGAUUUCAACACGAUGAAGCAUUUAUGUCUGCGCUCGCUGUACAAGGGUGUGUCAAUGCGCGGGGGGUAUGAGGCUGUGUGUCGCGCGAGACUCUGGCGGGCGCUCAGCCCCGACCAGCCAGCGAGAGCACGACGACACUAUGAGAGGUUCCUACUACCUUUUGAAAACCACGAAAGGAAAAACGGCUCUAAAUUCCAAAAGAUAAAUGGACAUAAUGAGCCAAAAGAUACUAUUGAAGUAAAAGAUUCACCCCUAAGAGAAAUAGACUCGAUAAAAGACAGAGAAGAGAGAGAACAGAGAUUGAGAACUCCAUCCCCGAAGAAAGAUAAAGUACUAUUAGACAAUGAGACGGGAGAAGUUGUUAAAACAGAAGAUUUGAACGUCACUUCUAAACCAGCAGAAGAAUUGAAUAGAGAAUUCUUAGAUUCUUUAAAAGAAGAAUUACCUAAAGAAGAUAAGUCUUGUAUGAAAAUCUCCGUCAAACCUGUGGAGAAAUUAAGAGAUACGGAAGAGAACAGAGAUGCUAUGUAUUUGAAUGAAUUGACGCAGAAAUUUAGCCUGGCGAGCGCUGACGCAGUGUUACUGCAGCAGCUGGCGGCCGACAGGAAGAUCCUCAACGGUCACCCCCCGAACCCCCCAACACAGCAACCCCCAACAUCAUCCCCACAACAUGUACAACCUCAGACAACACAUACAACUCAACCAGAUCAGAGGAGCGGCCGACCUUUAGGCCGCAGUUCACUGCGCGCGGUGCGAGUGAAGCCCACACGCCCCCCACCACCUCCACCUCCACCCACCACACCAUCAGUGCCGCCAUUGGGAGCUGACUCCGCCUCCUCACCACAACCUGCACUCAAUAACUUUGGUAUACAUCAUCCCCACACACCGCCCGCUGCCACCACAACUGUCAACAAUGCCACCACUGUCACUGCCACUGCCACCACUGUCACCACUGCCAGCAACAGUGAUGAUGAGAUCGUAGAGGUGCCCUACAAGCCAAAAACACCAGAAAUAAUAGACCUGGACGAGUACCCGGAGAGCCCUCAGGAGAUCAAGAAGAAGAAGCUGGACAUUCUGAAGGAGCGCGGUCUGGAGGUGACCGCCGUGCCCCCCGCACCCCCCGCGCCCCCCGCCUGGCCCCUCGCCCCCCACCUGCCCCCACUCGCACCCCUCGUACUCAACCCCGCCAUGCAGCAUCAGAUCAUGACACAGGCGCAGCUGUUCCACAUGUACAACAUCCUGCCCCCCCACCUGCCCAAUGGUGUGCGACCCCCCAAGGUCAUACAGGGCACCGGCAUCUUCGGCUCCUCCGGACCCGAGAAGACCGUCUAUGGAAACCCCAAGGACCCCUUCAUGCCUCCCCCGCACGUCCUGCAUGGGGUCCCGGUCAGACCUCAGCGCGCCAUCCAGAGCCCCCCACCGCCCCACCAAGUCCUCGACCUCACCUGCAAGCUCACCCCCCAGACCCCCCACAAACCUGCCGUAGAAAUAGUACGAGUACCGACAUCGCCCCCAAAACCACCGACACCACAAAAUCUGGCCAAAAAUUAUACACUAAUUGAUGGCAAAGCUGUCGUCGGCUCCAAUUUAGAGAUCACUCUAGUCAACCCAAAAUCCCAGACACCACCUAAAAGACCACCACAAAAAAGGUCAUCGAAUGGCAAAUUCAUGUCAGCGAAGACCUCGACACCACCCAAAGAAUACCCAAAACCAUACCAACAGUCACCUGCCAAGAAAAACCCAAUCACCAUCCCCACAUACCACACCAGAGAUGACACAUCUCCAAGUUCAACAGGUUCCAGAGACUCGAAUCCAUUAAAAAGUCCAAGUUUAGCUCAGAUGAUGGAACUCCAGAAGUCAUCGAUGCCACCAAUGGCGGUGCCAUUCAUGGACCCGGUGUACAUGAGUGCGUUGUACAGCAGCUUGGGGCACAUGGACCAGAGACAGCUGGCGGUCUACCGGGACCUGGUCGCCAGUCAGUUCCGAGGAUACUCCGGUCUUUUAAAUAUAGGAACUCCUACAACGAAAAAUUAAUACAUCUCUAGUCUUUAG